UUGUCAACCCAACAACCGCCACCAUGAUGGGCAAGAUCAUCUUCUACGAGGACCGCAACUUCGGUGGUCGUUACCAUGAGUGCAUGGGCGACUGCUCCGACCUGCACACCUACUUCAACCGCUGCCACUCCAUCCGUGUGGAGAGCGGCUGCUUCAUGAUCUAUGAGCGUCCCAACUACAUGGGCCACCAGUACUUCCUGCGCCGUGGAGAGUACUCCGACUACCAGCGCAUGAUGGGCAUGACUGACUGUGUCAGAUCCUGCCGCAUGAUCCCCAUGUACCGUGGUAACUACAAAAUGAGGAUGUACAAUCGCAACGACAUGUCCGGCGAGAUGAUGGAGCUGAUGGACGACUGCCCCAACUUCAUGGACCGCUUCCACAUGUCCGACUGCCAGUCUUGCAACGUCAUGGACGGCCACUGGCUGAUGUACGACCAGCCCAACUACAGGGGCAGGAUGUACUACCUGAGGCCUGGCGAGUACAGGAAGUUCAGCGACUGGGGUGCCAUGAGUGGCAGGAUCGGAUCCAUCCGCCGUAUCAUGGACUUCUAAAGAGCUUCCGAUGUACUGGUGAAAUGUCUGCUCUAUGCUUUGUUCCACACACUGAA